GUUUUUUCCUGUUUCCAUUUAACCACAAUACUUAGCGCGGGUAGCUAACUUCCUGCUGAUAUCAAAGAAGCUACGUAUCAAAGAAGAAAUUAAGCUACGUAUCAAAAGUUCGAGAUGAUGGAUUUGGAUGGACUUGAUAAGAAUGUGCAGUUCGGCUCAUAUUUUAAACAUACAGAAACUAGCCUGACGAAGGAUAUAGUGUUUCUUAAUCAUGGGUCUUAUGGUACUGUUCCAAAACGUGUUGCAGCUGCUCAAACAAGGUACCGCGAGGAGAUGGAAAGGAACCCAGACCUGUGGUUCCGACAGGCGUCCCUAGACCACUGGCUGAAGGCAGUGAGUGUGCUGGCAGACUUCUUCCACUGUCACUCGCAGGACCUUGUGCUUGUUCCCAAUGCUAGUACAGGUAUCAACAGUGUGUUAAUGUCAUGCAAACUGAAGACUGGUGAGGCUAUUCUUAUUACUCGACUGACAUACGGCUCGAUCCAAAAAGCAACAAGCCAUGUAACAAAGAGGUUUGAAGGAACAGAGGCAGUUUUCCUGGAUAUAACAUUUCCUAUCAGCAGUGCCCAGCAGAUUGUGGAUCUGUAUGAAGAAUGUUUCAAGUCUCACCCUAACAUCAAGCUAGCUGUCAUAGAUUACAUCACAAGUCCUUCCAGUGUGGUGAUGCCUGUAAAGGAGCUGAUAACUCUGUGUCACCACUACAGUGUUCUGUCUGUCAUUGAUGGGGCACACACACCCGGUCAUAUCCCUCUUCACCUCAAUGACCUGGACGCAGACUUCUUUACGGGAAAUCUUCACAAAUGGUUGUAUGCACCGCGUGGUUGUGCCAUUCUGUGGGUAAAGCGAGACCACCAUGACUGGAUAUAUCCCGUGGUCACAUCAUGGGGUUACGAGUUUCCAUUACAAAUCCGCUUCUUUAAGCAGGGGACCCGGGACCACACGGCCGAGAUCUGUGGAAUGCAUGCUGUACAGUUCUACCAGGCUAUAGGAGGCAUGGAUCGUAUUCUGAAGUACACCACUGGGCUGAUUAAUGAAGCACAAGAAUACCUGGUCAAACUACUCAACACAGAAUCGUUACCAAUUCCAAAAAGCAUGGAGGUUCCUAACAUGAGAUGCAUAUUGUUAUCAGGAAUAUGUGGAUUUCCACAGUCUGUUGUCUUUGAUGAAUCUGAAAAAUUGAUCCUUGACAUAAUGAACAAGAGCAAUAUUGUGUGCGCAUUCAUCUGCAUUGAAGAGAAGCUUUUCUUGCGAAUCAGUGCCAAUGUCUACAACACGAUGGAUGACUACAGGCGACUGGGCGAGGUGUUGCUCCAUUACCACACAGCGUGAUCAGUUAGUGCGGUAGAUGCCAGACUUAGUCUUAACAUCAGCAUUGGUGGCACUUGUACAAACGAGGACAGAACAUGAUACAGUCUAUUUACUAAACAAAAAUAAAAUUAGCUUAGGGGUGAAACUGUGAUUUAGUGUAAAUUGUAACAGAAUUCCUGUUUUUUACUGUGAAACUACAUUGUAUUAUACUCAAACUGGAGGAUUGAAAAACAAAAAAGAAGAUUUAUCUAACUGUUUUGGUAGUUUUAAUAAAGAGCCAUUUCUCAAACGUGACACAAAAACCAACCUGAUGGCCAUUCUGAGUUAACUUGAGUGUCUGGUUUUUACAUAUACAGUGGACUCUGUCUAAACCGGACUCACUUUGUACCGUCGAAAUAGUCCGCUUUACACAGAGGACCGGUUUAUCCAAGGUUAUGGUUCUUGAAUGAUCGACAACUCUCAAUCACCAAUGACAUUUGAACCCAUGGAUGGUUGGGAAUCGAUUAUUUCACAGACAUAAAAAAUAUACUUCAAGGAACAUUCCUGAGUUUGCUGGA